AUGAUGGCCAGCCGUUUAAUACCGCGGACCGCCGUCCGCUCCGGCUUCCGCACACAAUCAUCUCUUCCCACAGUCACCACCAGCCCGUUAUCGCGAUGGAGAAGGGGUUACGCCUCGCAAGCCGAGGAGAAGGACCUCGUCAUCAUCGGAGGUGGUGUGGCAGGAUACGUCGCCGCCAUCAAGGCCGGACAGGAGGGCCUCAAGGUCGCCUGUAUCGAGAAGCGCGGCGCCCUCGGCGGCACCUGUCUCAACGUCGGCUGCAUCCCCUCCAAGUCCCUCCUGAACAACUCGCAUCUCUACCACCAGAUCCUCCACGACACCAAGAACCGCGGCAUUGAGGUCGGCGACGUCAAGCUCAACCUCAAGGACAUGAUGAAGGCCAAGGACACCUCCGUCACCGGCCUGACCAAGGGCAUCGAGUUCCUCUUCAAGAAGAACGGCGUCGAGUACAUCAAGGGCACCGGCUCCUUCGCCAACGAGCACGAGGUCAAGGUCGCCCUCACCGACGGCGGCGAGACCAGCGUCCGCGGCAAGAACAUCCUCAUCGCCACCGGCAGCGAGGCCACCCCCUUCCCCGGCCUCGAGAUCGACGAGAAGCGCGUCAUCACCAGCACCGGCGCCCUGUCCCUCGACAAGGUCCCCGAAAAGAUGAUCGUCAUCGGCGGCGGCAUCAUCGGCCUCGAGAUGGGCUCCGUCUGGUCGCGCCUGGGCGCCAAGGUCACCGUCGUCGAGUUCCUCAACCAGAUCGGCGGCCCCGGCAUGGACACCGAGAUCGCCAAGCAGGCCCAGAAGCUCCUCAAGAAGCAGGGCAUGGAGUUCAAGCUCGGCACAAAGGUCGUCAGCGGCGAGAGCUCGGGCGAGCUGGUCAAGCUCGAGGUCGACUCGGCCAAGGGCGGCAAGCCCGAGACCCUCGAGGCCGACGUCGUCCUCGUCGCCAUCGGCCGCCGCCCCUACACGGCCGGCCUCGGCCUGGAGAACGCCGGCCUCGAGGUCGACGACCGCGGCCGCGUCGUCAUCGACUCCGAGUACCGCACCAAGGCCUCGCACAUCCGCUGCAUCGGCGACGUGACCUUCGGCCCCAUGCUGGCCCACAAGGCCGAGGAGGAGGCCGUCGCCGCCAUCGAGUAUAUCAAGAAGGGCUACGGCCACGUCAACUACGGCGUCAUCCCCUCGGUCAUGUACACCCACCCCGAGGUCGCCUGGGUCGGCCAGAACGAGCAGGAGCUCAAGGACAAGAAGAUCCCCUACAAGAUCGGCACCUUCCCCUUCAGCGCCAACUCGCGUGCCAAGACCAACCUCGACACGGACGGCAUGGUCAAGAUGCUGGCCGACCCCGAGACCGACCGCCUGCUGGGCUGCCACAUCAUUGGCCCCAACGCUGGCGAGAUGAUUGCCGAGGCCACCCUGGCCCUCGAGUACGGUGCCUCGACCGAGGACAUUGCCCGCACCUGCCACGCCCACCCCACUCUGGCAGAGGCCUUCAAGGAGGCCGCCAUGGCCACCUACUCCAAGGCCAUCCACUUCUAG